ACACUGUGUGUGAGAGAGGGAAGGACAUGGGUGGAGAGAGAGAGAGAGAGCAUAGUGUGCUGCUGUAACUGUAGCCACUCUUAGGACAGGAAAAUCAACUAAACAUAUUUGGUUUUGGUUCUUGUUGUGUAAAUUCCUCUCCUUUCAAUAUUUUCCCACAAACCAAAAAAAGAAAAAUGAAACAAUUUUGAAUUUUUGAUCUUACGCUGAUCCCAAAUUUGUUGGUUUCUUGUCUCUGACAAUGUUGGAAGUUGAGCAUUACCAAUUCCGCAACUGACACUUUGAGCAAAGGCAACGUUUUUUUCUCCUCUCUCGUCACUUGCUUGCUUUUUGCCAUGGCUUCAAAACCCAGAUCCAGUUUAUCUGAAACUCCCAACAAAGCACCACCGGCUACUCCCAACAAAGCACGGCCAUCAACUCCCAACAAAGCAUCACCUGCAACUCCAAGAGUUAGUAAACUGAGCAAAGGAGUGUCCAAACCAGAAUCAGAAUCGCCAUCGCCUCUGCCGAAUUUGCGCCUGUCUGCAGAAAAAUCUCCACGAUCUUUGAAUUCAAAGCCUCCUGCCGAGCGUAAAUCACCACGACCCACCUCAACCCCGCCUGAUAAACAACCCCCAAGAGCUGCAAAGGGUUCAGAAUUGCAAAGCCAAUUAAAUACUGCUCAAGAAGAUCUAAAGAAAGCAAAGGAACAGCUGAUUCAAGCAGAGAAAGAGAAGACAAAAGCAAUUGAUGAGCUGAAAGAAGCACAGAGAGUGGCUGAAGAAGCAAAUGAGAAACUCAGGGAGGCCAUGGUGGCUCAAAAGCGGGCAGAGGAGAAUUCUGAGAUUGAGAAGUUCCGAGCUGUUGAGUUGGAACAGGCUGGAAUUGAAGCUGCUCAGAAGAAGGAAGAGGAAUGGCUGAAAGAGCUUGAAAGUGUAAGGAAUCAGCAUGCUUUGGAUGUGUCUGCUCUUCUUUCAACUACUCAGGAGCUUCAGCGGGUUAAGCAAGAACUUGUCAUGACUUGUGAUGCAAAGAAUCAGGCACUGAGUCAUGCAGAUGAUGCAACUAAAAUUGCCGAGCUUCAUGUGGAGAAAGCAGAGAUUCUUUCAGCUGAACUGACACGGCUGAAGGCCUUACUAGAUUCAAAACUGGAAACAGAGGCUAGCGAAAACAAGAUUGUAUUGGAGCUGCAAGCAGAGAUAGAAGCUCUUAAGCAAGAACUUGAAAAGGCAAAGGGUUAUGAUGCAAAGUUGACAGAGAAAGAGAAUUAUAUUGAACAACUUAAUGUGGAGCUGGAAGCUGCAAAGAUGGCUGAAUCUUAUGCACAUAGUUUGCUAGAGGAGUGGACAAAAAAGGUUGAGGAACUAGAAAUGAGGGUUGAAGAAGCAAAUAAGUUGGAGAGGUCUGCAUCAAUAUCUUUGGAAUCUGCAAUGAAACAGCUAGAAGGAAGAAAUGAUUUGUUGCAUGAUGCAGAAACUGAAAUUUCUAGUCUUAAAGAGAAGGUAGGAUUGUUGGAAAUGACAAUUGGGAGACAAAGAGAAGAUCUUGAGGAUUCAGAGCGUUGUCUUCUGGUAGCUAAGGAAGAAAGUCUUGAAAUUUCAAAGAAAGUUGAAUCUCUCAAAUCUGAACUUGAGACAGUCAAAGAAGAGAAGGCUCAGGCUUUGAACAAUGAAAAGCUUUCCAUUUCAAGUGUUCAGACCCUAUUAGAAGAGAAAAACAAACUUAUUAAUGAAUUGGAGAUCUGUAGAGAUGAAGAAGAGAAAUCUAAAAAGGCAAUGGAAAGCUUAACUUCUGCUUUACAUGAAGUAUCUGCAGAAGCCAGAGAUGCCAAAGAAAAGUUAUUAGCCAACCAUGCUGAACAUGAAAGCUAUGAAACCCAGAUUGAAGAUUUAAAGUCAGUUUUAAAAGCUACUAAUGAAAAAUAUGAGUCCAUGCUUGAUGAUGCACGGCACGAGAUUGAUGUUCUUACAUGCAGUGUUGAAAGUUCUAAAAACAACCUUGAAAACUCCAAGGUAGAGUGGGAGCAGAGAGAACUUCAUCUAGUCAACUGCUUAAAGCAAACUGAAGAAGAAAACUCGUCCCUGGGAAGAGAAAUAAAUAGGUUGAUUCAUUUACUCAAGGAAAUCGAGGAAGAGGCUUGUGCUAAGAGGGAGGAAGAAACUCAACUGAAGGAAAAUCUGAAGGAAGUUGAGGCUGAGGUGAUCCACCUGCAGGAAGAACUUAAGGAAGCAAAAGCUGAGAGUAUGAAGUUGAAGGAGAGUUUAUUGGAUAAAGAAAAUGAAUUUCAGAACGUUUUUCAAGAAAAUGAGGAACUCCGAUCUAGGGAAUCCACGUCUAUUCAGAAGGUGGAAGAGUUAUCUAAGUUGCUUGAAGAAGCUACAACCAGAAACCAGACUGUGGAAAAUGGGGACCUCACUGAUAGUGAGAAAGACUACGAUAUGCUUCCUAAAGUAGUUGAAUUCUCUGAAGAGAAUGGACAUGGAGGAGAAGACGUAUCCAAGGUAGAUCUUUCAACCAAUGAAGAGGAACUCAGACAAAGUUUACAGGAAGAAAGUAUUCUCUUAAAUGACAAGUCUGAAAAAACCGAAUCUCCCAAACCCGAGAAUGUGAAUGGAAAACUGAAGGAAGAUGAGACCAAAGAAAAAGAUGAUUCGGUAGAAGUUGAAUUUAAAAUGUGGGAGAGCUGCAAGAUAGAGAAAAAAGAGUUCUCACCAGAGAGAGAACCAGAGGCUGGGUCCUUCAAAGGUGAAGUUGACUCAAAGAUAGAAGGUGGUGAGGGCUGUGAUCAGAUAAAUGGAGCAACUGUAACAGAGACCACUGAUGACGGUGCGAACUCACCAUCCAAGCAACAAGUGAAGAAGAAGAAGAAGCCUUUACUUGGCAAGUUUGGAAGCCUGCUGAAGAAAAAGGGUGGUAGCAACCACAAAUAGAACCAUAUUUCACUUUGGCAGGUAUAUUGAACAUUACAUUGUUUGCAUGUAUUUGCUUUAUGAUUUUUGCUUCAUGGAAUAUCUUUUAAAGAAUGACAAGGCUUGUAUUGUUGCUUAGGAUUCUUCUCUAGUCACUUAUCUUGGGUUGCGGUUCUCCACUUUGACAGUAAAUUGUAUGUGAUGGCCAAUUUUAUUUUUGCCUUUUUUUCCCCUUGCCCUCCUAUAUACAUUUGGCCAAAGAAGUGGCAAGUUGGAUUGUAUUUUUAUGUCCCCCCAAUUCCAGAGAAAGCUUAGAUAGAAGUUCUGAUGUUUGCUUCAUACCACCUUGACUUAUACAUCAUCACCAUUUAGUGCCUCUCUCAUGAUACAUAGUGCUAAUUCUUUCCUCUUGAACUUAUGCUCACUUUUUGUAGUUUUGUUAGAAAACCUCAAAGCCUACCUAUCUUACGAAAGAUAAUUAAAUUCACAUUUGACUUCC